CCGUGCACCCGGGCAGAUAUGUGGCCUGCACUUGAGGAGGGAAGUCAGGGGCACUGUUUGUCCCCCAUCAGCAUCCCGCUUGCACUCACCCAAGGACGCGCCCCCAAUAGGCUACACACACUUUGCUGGAGAGAGAGAGAGAGAGAGAGAGAGAGAGGAGGGGGGGAUUCAGGUAUGAACUGGAGGUAUGGAGGAAGGCACAGUCGCUGCUGGCCACAGGCACAACGACCGGAGGUGAUACGUUGGCUCUCUCUCUCCUUUUCUACCUCUAGGACAUCGCCUCUAGUUCCGCGCGGAGACGCAGGUCAGGUGUAGCCCUCAUCCUCCUCCUCCUCCUCCUCCUCAACCUCCUCACUCUCCAUCCUCCUCACUUCACCUUUGCUGAAUUUGCCACCGGUGGGCGAUUUUUACGCGCCGCCUGUGGCGGGGAGAACUAACAUCAUGUCGACCGAGAGGUGGUGCGUCUCGUUCGCGCGCCGUCUCCCGCCGCCGCUGUGAGUGUGAUGCCGGGUCCUCAGCCUGCACAGAUGACCUGAACCGGGCGGCGCCGACCGGAGUCUGCAACCAGAGCACUUGUUCCACAAAGAGGAGAUUCACUGAUAACCAUGGCUGACCAGUACAGUAUGUUUCUCACCACGGCGCCCCCGCUACGGCGAGGCAGCACACCCCUGCCCGUCAAACACCAGCUGCGGAGGGAAGAGGCCGUAUCCGAGGACUGCGAUUGGAUCCCGGGCUUGGAGCAACCCGCCACAUUGCCCAUCAGUGACACAGCGGCGGCUCGCGAUGAGUCCUUCAGCCAAUCGGCAGCCGCACAGUCGACGUACCACAGCCACGGCGGGGCAUUGCGGAUAGUGCUUUUGGGACAGAAUGGCGUGGGCAAGUCAUCGCUGGCCUUAUCUCUGGCCGGGCAGUCGGACAGAUCCCUCUCUAUAGACUCUGAGACACAAGCCUGUGGCGAGGGCUACGAGUGCAGCGUGACGGUCGACGACGAGGACAGCAAAGUCAUCGUCUUCGACAACUGGAAACUGGAGCUGUCCGCGUUACAGUGCGACGUGUGCAUCCUGGUCUUCUCCGUGACGGACAGGCGAAGCUUCCACCGCACCGCCCAGCUCCGCCUCCUCCUCAGGGAGUCCCAGCCACAAACACCGAUCAUCCUGGUGGGCAACAAGAGCGACCUGGUCCGCUCCCGGGAGAUCAGCUCCGAGGAGGCCCAGUCCAGCGCUAUGAUGUUCGACUGCGUCUACCUGGAGCUGUCAGCCUCCCUGGAUCACGGCACUAAUGAGCUGCUGGAGGCGGCUGUUCGGACUGCGAGGGGCGACUGCGUGGGCCCCGGCUGGACCGACGGGGACCCCGGUGCAGGCCGCAGGGAGAGUCUGACCAGCCGGGCCAAGCGCUUUUUGGCGGGGCUGGUGCCACGGUCGUACGGCCGAGACCGGGACCGGGAUCGGGGCCGCUACCGGGAGAUGAGCCGCCACCGCGGGAGCAAGAUCCUCCGCCAGAAGUCUCGCUCCUGCCACGACCUCAGUGCACUGUGACGCACAUUAUGUACACACAAGCAAGGAGACACACAUGCACACACACUAAACCAGAUUGAAAGGGGGCGGUGGGGGGGUAUGGAGGAGGACAAGUGGGUCAAAUUGAGGAAAGCAGGGAGGAGGAGGAAGGAGAUGGAGGAAACUUAGUCGUAAGAUGUGUAAAAUCGGGGGGGUGGGGGUACGAGAACUUAACAAUGGCAAAUAAAGGUCAAGGGAGGAGAAAUGGGAAGGAAAGUGGGAGACAGAGAUGCAUUGAGAAGAAAUCAGUCUGGAUCGCAGCACUGAAAAGUUGAUCUUCUCCCUGUCAGUGAAACCAAUUUUGAAGAGGGGGAAGAAAAAAAACGAGACAAGCAAGCAGAGAAACAGAUAAGAAGGUGAGUUCGGGUGAAUCAGCGAGCAGGGUCGGGGGGGUGGAGGGUGGAGGGGUGGGGGGUCCACAAAUAAACACACCCAGGUAGCACGCACUGAUUAUGUAGAGACUGAUAGCAAUCUGACGUGAACCUAUUGUACACCCUGUUUUCUAGCAUGCCGAGUAGAGGUUUUAAGAGAUGACCCAGUUUUACAACGACACGAUACUGGAUUUACUGUACCUCAGUGGCCAAUAGCUAAUGCACAAUCUAGCUAGUGUCCCUAGCGAUGCCAUCAAAAGCAAGACCCUUUAUGUAGAAAGAAAAAAAAAAAUGCUCCCUCUCUCUGCACAUACCAUCUUCACACUUGCAUCCACCCUUUGUGUCCCGUGCAGACUAGAACAAGUGUUUGAUACCACCAGUGACAGGUUUCAUCUGUGACUUUUAUACCAGGAUAAGAAAUACAUAAAAAAAACAUCAGCCAUAUUUUCGCUGAAUGCAUCAUGAGUUGUCAGCACAAAGAACCCUUUACCUUCGGAUGUGGAGCGAAAGAGAAAAGGGUCCCAAAAAAAAAGCAACGGCUAAACGGCUUCGAAGAAUAAGACGUCGACAGGGACGACCAGGCGGAACUUUUCUUCAGCCGGAGCCGAAAACCUCAAAUCUACCUGUGGCCGUGUGAUGUUUUCAUUCUUGUCUUUUUACCCGCUGACAUUCUGACGUGUGUUGAGACUGAAUUCUGUGCGGGCUGGCCACACAGGUGACCCAAAAAGAAAAAAGAGAGCGUUCCGGAAACGUUGUUUUGGUCGUCUCGUCGAGACACGUGGUCACUCGGUUGUCACCGUCCACCCCGUCGCCUCUCCACCGAGAAUAAAUGAACUUUUGUUUUGACAUCCUGA